AUGAGUCGCCCGCAGAUCUCAUCUGAGAAGCCAUCUCAGUGUUCUGAGAAGUCUUUGACUCAACCGGUCCAUACAUCUCAGGAUGAAAUAAUCAGCUACCCGGAAGGAGGUAUCGCAGCCUGGACAGUCGCGCUGGGGUCUUGGUGCUGCAUGACCGCGGGCCUAGGUGUAGUGAACUCGGUGGGUGUACUGGAGGCAUAUGUUUCGACGACUCUGUUGACAAACACCUCCACGGACUCUACGGGGUGGAUAUUCGGCAUUUAUGUCUUCGUUUCCUACUUCUGCGGCUUACAGAAUCAAGAGUACUACCAAUUUGUCCUCGCCUUCUCGAUCCUGAGCGGUAUCGGCAACUCGUUUCUCUUCACCCCAGCAAUGGGUGCCAUCUCCCACUGGUUUGACAAACGCCGCGGCGAAGCAUCCGGCUUCGCGUUCACCGGCAGCGGCUUCGGUGGCGUCCUCUUCCCCCUCAUGAUGCAGUCCCUGCUCCCAAAAGUGGGCUGGGCCUGGGCAACCCGCAUCGUAGGCUUCGUGCUCCUCUUCCUCUGCGUGAUCAGUGUCCUCCUCUGCAGAAGUCGACUCCCGCCCAAGAAAGGCGCCGCAACUUCAUGGCGCGAUAUGCUGCCUGACCCGCGCAUAUUCUGGGACAGCACCGGCGCGAUGGCAGUAACCACCGCCGGGGUGUUUCUCAUCGAAUGGGCAUAUUUCGUCCCCGUCACCUACGUUCCCAGCUACUAUCUCACACGGCAGGGCCUUUCAAACGCCGAGGCUGUCAGUGGUGCGGCAGCGUUCGCGUACCAGCUCCUCGCCAUCUUGAACGCGGUCUCCUGUUUCGGACGAUAUUUCAUCGGCUACGUAGCGGAUAAAAGCGGCCGAUAUAAUACCAUGAUCGUAUCGAAUCUCGUCUGCCUGGCUGCUGUGAUCGGUCUAUGGCUGCCGGAUGCAUUAGCGGGAACUCCGCCGAGUAAGGCGCUGAUGAUCAUGUUUGUGAUUGUGUUUGGGUUUGCGAGCGGUUCGAAUAUCAGUCUGAUGCCUGUGUGUCUGGGGCAGCUGUGCGACACGCAAGACUACGGGAGGUACUACGCGAGUGCGUAUACAGUUGCCAGUAUUGGAUGUUUGACGGGCAUUCCGAUUGCGGGCAGCUUGAUCACGGCUACUGAGGGGGGAAGGAGGGGCUUCUGGGGGGUCAUCCUGUUCACUGGGCUGAGCUAUGUUGCGUCUUUUGCGUGCUUUCUUUGGGUCCGCGUGCGGGUCAAGGGUUGGGAUGUUAAGACUAUUUGGUGA